CCCGACUGCCUCAAAAGAUUGAUUCUUCCAGCUUUAGUCCGACUUUAAUCAUCUCACCAUCACUCGCGUCAUGUUCAGUCGCCGCCUGCCUCUCCACUGGCUCGCAAAGACGCGGCCUCGCCUGCCUCUGCGGCAGGUCCGUCGGGCAGCGCGCCUCCAGUCCUCGCAGUCUCCACAAGCGUCGCGCGUCGACCGCAUCACAUCAAAGCUCCCCAAGCGGCUACAAAAGUACACCGCUGGACUUCGCAACGCGCCGGUCUCGCACAUCGUCUCUUUUCUCAUCCUGCACGAGCUCACAGCCAUUUUACCGCUCGUCGCGCUGUUCGCCCUGUUUCACUACACCACAUACGUUCCCAUCUCGUACAUGACGGAGCACUUCGGCGAGUACGUUCAAGGCGGCAUUGCCAGGUUUGAGAGGUAUUUCAGCCGCAAAGGCUGGUUCGGGUUCGGACAAGAGGAUUCGGGGGCUGGCACGGAGAAGAGCGAGCAAGCAGGCAGCAAGUCGCACGCCGAAGAGGUGGUUGACAAGUGGAGGAGCGGCGACAGGAAAUACGAAAUCCUCACGGAAGUGGCUCUCGCAUAUGCCGUCACUAAGGCAUUGCUACCCCUCCGCAUCAUAUUCAGUGUGUCGGCAACACCCUGGUUCGCGCGGAUACUUAUAAGGGCCAGGAAGAUGGUCACACGCAAAUCCUGACACAUUAUCUGCAAGCCAAGACAGCUUUCAAACUAGAUGCUCUGACACGACGUCGACUCGAUUUCUUUUUAUUGACGCC